CCUCCUUCCCCCGGCUGGCGGCUGCACCGAUGGCCGGCGACGAAAUGGCCUCGCCGUCGCCGCCGGUGGCGGCGCUCACCAACGACCUCAUCGCGGAGAUCUUCCUCCGCCUACCCACCCCGGAGGACCUCGUCCGCGCCUCCGCGGCAUGCGUCUCCUUCCGCCGUCUCGUCACCACCGACCGCUCCUUCCUCCGCCGCUUCCGCUCCCUCCACGCCCCGCCCUUCGUCGGCUUCCUCGACCACAGGGGCUUCCACCCGGCGCUCCCUCCCCACCCCUCCGCUCCCGUCGCCAGGGCGGUGGCCGACGCCGCGGACUUCGCCCUCUCCUUCCUCCCCUCCCCAGCCGGCAGCUGGAUGGUCCGCGACGUCCGCGGCGGCCGCGUCCUCGUCGACCGAGAUACCAAGGCCGAGACCGGAGGCAGCGAGAAGCCGUUGGUCUUCACGGAGAUCGCCGUGUGCGACCCCCUGCGCCGGCGAUUCCUCCUCCUUCCCCCGAUCCCCGACGACCUCGCCGCUUCGGUGGACCGCCCUGUCCGCGUCCACCUGGACCGCUGGUGCGAGCCCUUCCUCGCUCCCCACAUCGAAGAGGAGGAGGACGAUACCUCAUUCAAGGUGAUCUGGAUGGCGCAGUGCAAGGCCAAGAUUAUCGCCUUCGUCUUCAAUUCGAGCACCGGUCAAUGGCUAGCCGGUGCCUCCCCGAGCACCACCGAUCUGUUCAAUGGCGCCGGUCUGUCGCCGCCGCCGUCGUCGUCGUCACCGAGCCUAGUGUUUUCGUCACCGGGUCGAGUGUUCUCCAGCCGCCGAUACGCGUGCGGCUGCUUCUGCUGGGGGAUUUUGAGGACCAUGUUGCUGGUGCUCGACACACGACUGAUGAAAUUCUCCAUUGCUGAACCCCCACCAGUCUGCCUUGGGGGACCGACCGCCAUUGUUGAGGCAGGGGAAGGCAUGACUGGGAUCUUUGCUCUCCGGGGGAGCGUUGGUGGCACGUUUGAUCUCCACUACAGCAUUUGGGGAAAAGAAGGGGCGACUCGUCGCGAGCAGAUGGAGAAGAUAAUCCCACUGGAUCAUGGCUACCGGUAUUACAUUAGAGGUGCGAUGGAGAAGCACUUGCUGUUAGCCAGGUCGCGAGGGGAAGGCGAAGAAGAUACACCAGAGGAGCCAGAUUUGGAAUGCUUUUCACUGGAUGUCAAGACCUUGCAGCUUGAGCCGGUGUGUGUUCUGAAGUACUACAGUUUACGUACUGACAUAUAUACCAACUUCCCGCCUUCGUUGUCGCCAGAAAUAAUAUGAGAUGGUAAAUUUCCUGUUGUAUCCUGAUUAUGUCUUUAUUUUUCGGCAUAGUUAUCUCGUGGCUUAUGAUAUAUAUCUGCGUGGAUGAUGCUUGAUUUAUUAUUGCAAUAUCUGCUCCUUGUUUAAACAGUUAUCAUAGCGAUUAUAGUAUGAAACAUUUGUGUGGUAUGGGGAAAAUAUAUAAAGGAAAGGACAUUAGAGAG